AUGGCUACUUCAGAGUCCGAUGAAAUACGAGUUUCACCAGAAAAAACUGGAAAACGAUCAUCCGCUAGUAGCAGUGCAUCGAAUUCGACACGAGGAAUUCGUUUUCUAACAAGUCAUCAACGAUUAUCAAGAGGAAACAGUAAUGUCAGUUUUAUUAAUGAAAUGGAAACUAUUGACGAGUCAACAUUUUCUAUUUCUCCACCAAACUAUGGUUAUUUAGAACAUAUACAAUCGUUUAAACCUUUAUGUAAACCAGAUGAUAAAUCUCUUUCAAAAAAAGUCAGUAUUGUUGAUCUUUUAACAAGUGUUAUUCUCAUUUGGACAGCUCGAAAAAUUAAGAAACGAGAUGCUUAUAAAUAUCCUGGAGGACGAACACGUCUUGAACCAAUAUCAAUUGUUAUUCUGUCUGUAAUCAUGUGUUCAGCAAGUAUACAAGUUAUUUAUCAAAGUGCCGAAACGUUAAGUCAAGAUAUUGAAUAUUUCACACAUCAACAUAAUGCGUCAUCCACAGAAACAUUACCUGAGAUAAACAUGAGUACAGUACCUAUAAUAGCUAUGGUUCUUACUAUUGCAACUCUAUUCGUGUUAUGUUAUCGAAUUAAAAGUCCAACAAUGUACGCUUUAGCAGAAGAUAAUCGAAAUGACGUAGCAUCUAAUGUUGUAGCACUUAUUUUUGGACUUAUCGCUUCAAAUGCUCUGCAUGGCAAAAUCAAGAAAGAAGCUAUCGUAGUCGAUCCGAUUGGUGCUAUUAUUAUUUCAGUGUACAUUAUUAUCGCUUGGAUCUUGCAAGCAAACAGACAAGUACGUCGUCUAACAGGUCUUACGGCUGAACCUUCUUUUCUUCAACGACUUACUCAUGUGGUUUAUAAUUAUCGUCCUGAUGUUAUCACAAAAAUUGAUUCCAUUCAAGCAACUCAUCAUGGAACGAAUUUUUUCGUUGAAGUUGAUAUUGGCUUACCGGGUUCGAUGCCACUUGCCAUGGCUCAUGAUAUUGGUGAAGAACUACAAAAUCAACUGGAAAGCAUUAAUGAUAUCGAACGAGCUUUUGUUCAUCUCGAUUUUGAAUUUUCACAUAUACCAGCUAGUGAACAUAAAAUUGUUUGA